GCGUGCCUUCACUGCAGAGUUUUUUAAAGGAGCUCUGAACUCGUCUGUCAACCACAAAGCUGCAGCGAACAGAAGAUUUCUUCCUCCACUCUGCAUCGUCACAUUCCUUCUCCCACUGAACUGAGAUGUCUGUGGUGUCACGGACGGCAGGAAACAGAGUAGGUCGGUUCCCAACUGUCACUCUCGGAUUUGAGGAGGAUUCACCAGUAAGGGAGGAAGCAGCAGAGGAAAACAACGUUAGAGAAGAAAAUGCGUGUCGGCAGUGGCUGCGUAAGAUCUGCCCAUGCUGCUGUCCCAAACCAGAUGACGACGACAUCACAGACACUGUGGUCACGGGGAUCGAUGACACAGAUAAGGAAGAGGGGACGGAGGGAGAUAAGCCUGUGACUGGUGACAAUGAGCUUAAUGAACUCCUCCUGACAGUGCGAUCAAUAGACCUGCUGAAAAGCCAGAACACCGGGGAGCAUCACACAAAUCUCUACCAAAAUGAUAACUUAAUUAUCCGCAGAGGGCAGACUUUCCAGAUGUGGAUAACGCUCUCUCGACCUUUUAACCGCAACACAGACAAGCUUCAUCUUGAACUUAAAACAGGGCCGCUGCCAACCGUGUCAAACGGAACACACGUCAUCAUCCGUUUGGUGGACAACUUGGAGGACGAUCGCUGGGAGGCUGCUAUCGUGAAACAGGACGACAAGAGGAUAAAGCUGUCGGUGAACUCUCUACCCACGGCGGUCAUUGGAAAAUAUCAACUCGCAGUGGAAACAAGUUGCCCGAAUGGCCAGGCCAUUUCCAAACACGACCCCGCCAAUGACAUCUACAUGUUGUUCAACCCCUGGUGUGAAGAUGACGCAGUGUUCAUGGAUUCUGAACCUGAGAAGCAGGAGUAUGUCCUGAACGAUGUCGGGCUAAUCUACUACGGUACGGAGAAGCAAAUCGGAGUGAGGACGUGGGACUAUGGGCAGUUCGAUAAGGAGAUUCUUGCUGCCUGCCUCUUUCUCCUGCAAAAGAGUGGAACACCUCCCUCUGGUUGGGGGGACCCGAUUAAUGUGGUGCGAGUCAUCUCAGCCAUGAUCAACUCCCCUGAUGACUUCGGUGUCAUUGAAGGAAACUGGUCGGGGAACUACUUUGGUGGUACUAGCCCAACAGUGUGGAGCGGAAGUGUGGAAAUCCUCAGAGAAUACUAUAAAAACAGGGGCUCCCCCGUUAGGUACGGCCAGUGCUGGGUCUUCGCUGGCGUUUUCACUACAGUUUUGCGGUGUUUAGGCAUUCCCGGUCGAACCGUGACCAACUUCAGCUCAGCCCAUGACACAGACGUCUCCUUGACGACAGAUGUAUACCUGGACGAGAACAUGGACUUUAUUGAGCACCUCAACACGGACUCCGUAUGGAACUUCCAUGUGUGGAACGACUGCUGGAUGACUCGUCCGGACCUGCCCCCAGGAAAUGGAGGGUGGCAGGCUGUUGACGCCACACCUCAGGAGACCAGCCAGGGUAUCUUCCGCUGUGGCCCUGCUUCGCUUGCUGCCGUUCGCAACGGUGAAGUCUACCUGAAACACGACUGUCCUUUUGUGUUUGCUGAGGUGAACAGUGAUAAAAUCUACUGGCAGAGGAACAAAGAUGGGACCUUCAGUCAAAUCUUCAGCGAGAAAAACGUAGUGGGCCUCGCCAUCAGCACCAAGGCUGUCGGCUCUGAUGAACGCAACGAUAUCACUCACCUUUACAAAUACCCAGAAGGCUCAGAGGAGGAACGCAUCGCUGUGGAAAAGGCAUGUAGGUACGGCUCCAAAGCAGACGCCUAUACAUCGGCCACAGCAGAGGAUGUCUCUGUGGAAAUCCUCAUGGACGGGCAAGGUCCUGUGAUGGGAAAGGAUGCAGAGCUGACCAUCAAGCUGCGAAAUAGCAGCUCAGAGAAACGCACCAUCACCCUGCACAGUAAGGCGUCAGUCAUGUACUACACCGGAGUCCACAAAGCCACAGUCAAAGAGGACACGACAGAGGUGGAGCUGCAGGCCAAUGAAGAGACACUAUUAGAGUGGGUCCUGGAGUACAAAACCUACAAGGACCACCUGGUAGAUCAGGCUGCACUCAUGCUGACACUGUCGGGAAGGGUCAAGGAGACACAGCAGGUCCUGGCCACUCAGUUCAGCUUCCGACUCAGAACCCCAGACCUCAUCAUAAAGCCGCUGGGAAAGGCUGUUGUAGGGGAAAACCUGACAGUAAAAAUUUCAUUUACAAACCCACUACCACAAGAGCUGAAGGCAGUGAUGUUCCACGUGGAGGGACUCGGUCUUCUGUCUCCUCAGAAGAUUAAUUAUGGAAAUAUCGGCAGCCACGCCUCCAUGUCUGUCACUGUAAACCUAGUCCCCACACUUCCCGGAGUGAGGAAACUGCUGGCUUCACUGGACUGCAAGCAGCUCACACAGGUUCAUGGUGUGUGCAACAUCACCGUGGAGGACAAAAACAGCACCAACCUGUAAUGAUUUGAAAAAAAAGAGGCACCGAAUAUUGACUGUCUUUUCCUCAAUAUUGGCACUGAUCCCACUUUUUCCUCAUGAGGUGUUUUAUUUAUUCAGAAAGCCAGUAUUUAAUGUGAUGUGUGCUGCUUUAUUUAAAGAUGGUUAAAAACGACUAAUGGCCAUAGAGACGACUAAUCAUAACAUGUUAGAACUGCGCAGUGUUUCUGGGAUCUCAGAAUAGAUGAAAGCUUUUAUAGCAAAACCAGCAGGAGUUUGCAUUAAAUUAUUGUACACUUUAGUGCAGGUCACCAUAAGCAGCAUAUCUUAAAGAGUUGGACAGUGUGGCAGCUUUUAAUGAAAGAGAUGUGCUUUUGUAAAGACAGGAUUGAUUGAUGUUUAGAUCAUGUUCUGUUCUUAAACAUGGUAUAUUUAUUUAUUAUGUUAAUUGUGCCGUCUAUUGUAAUGAUAUUUUAUUCAUAUGUAUCGAAUUACUGCUUCAAAAGCUUUUGUAUCAUUUAAAAAAACAAAAAAACAAAAAAAAAAACAAGAAUGAAACCGUG